AGUUAUAACACCAGUGCUCUCUCUCUCUCUCUCUCUCUCUCUCACACACACACACACACACACACACACACAUACCGUACAUACAUACAGUCACUCCAAAAACUUCAGUUCACAUUGAACUCCAAGUGUAUACCAUUUGGUUGUAUGUGUGGUGUCGGUGCAAAUGAGAGAAGCACUCACACCAUUCCAGUCAUUCAAUAGUAGCAGUGAAUGUGCCGGUGCUCUGUGAAUAUGUAUGUAUAGUAUGUUAGGGGACAGAUAGUAGAGGCAGACAGUCAACUAAUUUGUGUGCCAUUCCUAAAAGUGAUGGCUAUUUUGUGUCACUAAUGUAUAUUGCCAUUGCCAUCGCCCACAACUGUAUUUGCACAGCACUGGUAGAUCUAUCAGAACAUACCAUUCCUUUUUUCCAUACAAACAUAGCGCCAAACACACCAUACGUUUUACAUAUGAGAAGUGUGUGUUUGUUGUGAAGAUCUGAAUAUCAAAUAUACAGUAAAAAUAGUUUUUGUGUAUUAUUUUAACAUCAAAUACAAUACAAGUCAUUGAUUGCGGAGACACUGUCGUCGACUCACAUCAAAAGGAAAUGUGCUGUUAUGUGAUAGUAACAGCCCGUACCCUCAUAUGGACCCUACUGUCUAUAGUGGCCACAUUGUGUAUGUUGGCAGCUAUUUGGACACCCAUAUGGCUGGUGGGACCACCAAAAAGACUCAAUAGACAGAUGACUGCCAAACUAUCGCAAACUUUACAACAUAAUAAAAAUCAUAAUAAUAGCUAUAAUAAUAAUAAUAAUAAUAAUAUUUUGGAUCUUAGCUUUCUUAAUAUUAACAAUAAUAAUGAUAACAUCAAUGAAUUUAUGCCAUCAUUAGGUAUAUUCAAUCGAUGCACACGUAUAUAUCAAUUAAAUCGGUUGCAAACUGAGUGCGCGCCGUUUGUCACGGGCUUAGACCAGGAAAACAACUCUUUUCCCAACGCAUGGAAGGCAUCAAUAAUAUUCUAUGGCAUCGGUAUCUCAAUUAUGACUCUCACAAUUGUUACCAGUCUUUUAGGUUGUUGUAAGAGAAGUAUAUGUCGUAAGAGUAUAUUUACGAUAUCGGGAACAAUACAAGCAGUUGCAGGCUUAUUUUACAUAUUGGCAAUAUUUUCAUAUCCUUUUGGCUGGGGCACUGACCGCGUGGAACGUGUUUGUGGCGUUAGGGCCGACCCUUUCCUAUUGGGCGACUGCUCUAUAGGUUGGGCAUUGUAUCUGGCAGUGGGCAGUACUGUCGCCACAUUCAUCUGUGCCAUACUGUCCAUUCAGGCAGAGAUAUCGACUUCAUCUGACAAAGUCCAGGACGAGAUACUUGACGGCAAAAAUCUUAUUUGUUUAUUAUAGA